AUGGAGGCGGCGUCUGCCCGCUAUGCCACGCGCGACCGGUGGGCCGAGAUGGGCCGCCCGGCCCCGUCCCAGCUUCAGCGCUUCAUCACGGCCGCCUGCAGUCCCGACAACUACGAACCCAACUUGGCCCUGAACCUCGAGAUCGCCGACUUGAUCAACUCCAAGAAGGGCUCCGCCCCUCGAGAGGCCGCCGUGGCCAUUGUCAACUACAUCAACAACCGCAACCCCAACGUUUCGCUGCUUGCCCUCAACCUGCUCGACAUCUGCGUCAAGAACUGCGGCUACCCCUUCCACCUCCAGAUCAGCACAAAGGAGUUUCUCAAUGAGCUGGUACGCCGCUUUCCCGAGCGGCCCCCGAUCCGCCCCACCCGUGUCCAGCUCAAGAUCCUCGAAGCCAUUGAGGAAUGGCGCUGUACGAUUUGCGAGACGAGCAGAUAUAAAGAGGACUUGGGCUUCAUCAGGGACAUGCACCGCUUACUGAGCUACAAGGGGUACACCUUCCCCGAAGUCCGAAGGGAGGAUGCUGCUGUGCUUAACCCGAGUGAUAACCUAAAGUCUGUCGAGGAAAUGGAAGAGGAGGAACGCGAGGCGCAGUCCGCCAAGCUGCAGGAGCUUAUCCGUCGAGGUACUCCCGAGGACCUCCAGGAGGCUAAUCGACUCAUGAAGGUCAUGGCUGGCUAUGACACGAGAUCCAAGGUUGAUUACCGCGCCAAGGCGGCCGAGGACGUGGGCAAAAUCCAACAAAAAGCCAGACUUCUCGAGGAGCGGUUAGAAGCCUUCAAACCCGGCGAUAAGAUCGUGGAUGGCGACGUGUUCUCCGAGCUCGCAGCCGCCCUGUCUAGUGCCCAGCCAAAGAUUCAGAAGAUGUGCGAGGAAGAAUCGGACGACCAUGAAGCAGUCGCAAAACUUCUCGAAAUCAACGACAGCAUACACCGAACUGUGGAGAGAUAUAGGUUGCUGAAGAAGGGCGACAUAGAGGGUGCCAAGGCAUUGGCAAGUGGUGCGCCAGUUUCAAGCACAAGCAACGGCAGUGGAAGUGGUACUGGCAAGAGUGCGGCGCAAGAGCUGUCGCUCAUUGAUUUUGAUGCUGAGCCAAGCGGAGGAGAUUCGACCAGCCAGUCCGCACCCCAGGCGGGAAACAGCCUUGAAAACGACUUGCUUGGCCUGUCGCUGGGUGAAACCAGCUCUUAUGGUCAAGGAGGUGGCAUUGCGCUCGGGUUCGGUGCCAAUACGAACAUUCCUGGACCGGCACUGCUCUCAUCCACUACGCAGAACAGCACCGCACGGGGCCCCUCCCCUCAACCUGGCCCAUCUUCUUUCAACAAUUUCAACUCAUUCGCAUCACCAGUUGCUUCUCAAUCAAGCACCCCCAAGCCUCCUGCGUAUACGGCAUCCGCUUUUCCCGCGCCAGCUGCGUCGUCAACAGCGUCCAACGACCCAUUUGCUGCUCUAGCCUCUCUCUCCUCUUCAUCUACCCCAGCGCCAGCGCCAGCACCAGCUGCUACCGGUAAUGACGAUGACGAGUGGUCUUUCUCCUCGGCACUGCCUCCUGAGGCGACACCCGCCCAGCCUAAGGAGCACAGAGCCGUUGUUUCCAACACUGCGCUCAAGGUCGACAUGGUGGCUGUCAGAUCUCUGUCCAAUGGCCCAUCUCCAGCCAUUUCUAUGCAAUUUGCUUUUAGCAACAACACAGCGCAACCCAUCACCGAGGUGCAUUUCCAGUUGGCUGUCACCAAGGGAUACGAAUUGCAACUUCAGCCUCAAACAGGACGGACUCUUGCCCCCAAGCAGAGCCGGGGCAUUACCCAGUCAGUCAACGUAUGGUAUACGGCGGACAAGACCAGGAAGGUAGAGAGCGUGAAACUCAGGUGGAGGGUAUCAUACAAGGUUGGAGCGGAAGCAAAGGCCGAGAUGGGUGAGAUUCCCGAGUUCAGUGUGGCAUAAGCAGGAACUUUGAUGAGGUCGAGGACCACAAGAAUGAGAAGAGGGUUGAGUGCAUGUUUACGUUCAAAAUACAUAGUAGUACAGAGCCAAUUAAUAUGUAGUGAUCCGAUGACCGGCAAGAACAACAAGGAUAUCGAUGCGGUCGACUUUUCUGUCCACUAGGAGUUGUUCGGCUGGAUCAAAGAAAGGAGAAGAAGGACAAUUACCCAC